AUACGAUCUUUAUUCAUUUUCUAAAAUUUUAUGCUAGGUUUAAGUGUUAAUAGUUUCGAGAUGUAGCGGUUUUAGAACUUGACGAAUCCUUGAGAACAAGAAUAGAAUAUUGAUUAAUCGGUUGCAUGCCAUAACGUAAGAAAAAACGAUACGUUAAAUAUUCAGGUCUUUGAGCUAAAUUAUUCUCAAGAAAAAUUGUUUGUAUUUGGAUUUUAAAAAUUUUACUAAAGAUGCUAAGAACAUGUAUGGACUUCUUCAGAUUUAUGUUAGUGUUAACAAGACCGCUGUCAGAUCGCCUUUUGGACUUCAUCUAUCGUUUGAUAAUGGGAAAAACAAAAGAACUGCCUUCCAUUGACAACAAGAUUCUCCUCAUGACUGCUACAGAGCUAGCUGAAAAAAUCCGCAAGAAACAACUGAGCUGUGAAGAAGUGAUGAAAGCGUACGUAGAUCGAUCGAAGGCUGUGCAUCCGUACAUCAACGCUGUCGUGGAUGAAAGAUACGAUGAUGCUUUAAAAGACGCCAGGGCAGUCGAUGCCUUUCUCGCCAAUACCACAAAAUCUGAAGAGGAAAUACGUCAGGACACUCCGCUGCUUGGAGUGCCUUUCACCUGCAAAGAAGCUAUUGGUGUCAAAGGAAUGAUACAAGCGAAUGGAAUGAAACGGUACAAAGACCGACUUGCACUUCGGGACUCAGAUACAGCUGCACUGUACAGAAAAGCAGGUGCUAUCCCGGUGACUGUGACGAAUGUUCCCGAGCUGUGCAUGUGGUGGGAGACAGCUAACAUUCCUUUUGGUUUGACGAAGAAUCCUUAUGACAACACGAGAACCGUUGGAGGGAGUUCAGGAGGCGAAGGAGCAAUCAUUACAGCAGCAGCUGCUCUGAUUGGUAUUGGCAAUGAUUUGGCUGGAAGCAUUCGUUUACCUGCCGCUUUCUGCGGAAUCUACGGGCAUAAACCUUCUAGAUACGUGAUAUCCAAUAAAGGGGAGUAUCCAGAAUGUUCCGACGUGUGGGAUGAUGUUGUGAGCACUGGUCCGAUGUGUCGCUACGCCCAAGAUCUUCCUAUGCUCACCAGGCUGCUAGCAGAAAACAACAAAAACGUCAACUGGGACGAAGAGGUCGAUUUCCAUAAAAUUAAAGUUUAUUAUAUGGAAGAGCUUCCAGGAUUUUUAAAUAAAGCCGUUCCAGACAUCAAGGAGGCCAUUAGGAAGGCUGCAAAGCACUUCGAAGACGAAUACGGCAUUAAACCAACGCAAAUGCAUCUGGACGAAUUACGGUACGCUUUCAAUAUGUGGGAAUGCCGGACCCUUGAAGUCGAAGGCCACGGAAUGAUAGCCGACAUGGCCGAAGAUGCCGACAUCAACUUGUAUUGGGAGCUCAUCAAAAGCUUGUUUCGAUGCUCAGACCACACCUUGCCUGCCAUAUACUUCGGAAUGGUGGAACGCACUCGUAAAGACAAGUUUUACUACAAAUGUCUCAAGCUUUUCAAAGAACUUGAAAGAAAGCUUGAAGAAAUCCUGGAAGGUAAUGCAAUCCUGCUGCUUCCUACCCAGCCAGAACCACCUGUUCAUUAUCUUAUGACAAUUCCAAAAUAUCCAAACUUGGGCUACAAUGGCAUCUUCAAUAUUCUGGGAUAUUCAGUAACUCAAGUACCUGGAGGAUUCAGUAAAGGGUUGCCUAUUGGUAUACAAGUCGUUGGUAGACAAUAUCAAGACCAUCUGACGCUUGCAGUUGGGGUGGAGUUGGAUAAGGUUUUUGGUGGAUGGAUCAGUCCAUGUUCUAUUUCUGUUUGAAAAAGUAGUUUUGAAUUAGGAGAAAGCAACGCAAAUAAAAUAUCUAAAUGUUAUAUGUAAGUAAUUUUUUUGAAUAAAAAACAGAGAGAGUGGUU